AUGACUCGCGACAGUGUUGCAGCGUCCGCAGAGUUGGACGUGGGCAGCAACACUGGCAGUGGCGGCGGCAGUGGCAGCGGCGGCGGGAGUCUGCUUGACGACCCCGACCUGCAGUUCCUGGUUCGCAGCAUUAGCAGUGGAGUGGAUUCGCCGCGAGUCUCGCUGUCAGCUGUCGCUCCUGCACCAGCAACAGCAGCAACAACAACAGCAACAUUGUCAGCAGCAUCAACAAGCACGAGCACUACAGAGCAGGCAUUCGGACCAACGACAGCGCCGACGCCCGACCAUCGCAAUUCACACCAGCAGCAGCAGCAGCGGAAUGACCUGCAUUCAUCCAACACCGACACGACUGCAACUGCGAGUACUACUACGACUACUACUGCGACUACCACUACUGAUAUUGCGACUGGUGGCAGCACGAAUCCAGCUGCUGCCGCAGACCCAGCGAGCGCGACUGGAGUUGUAGGAAUCGAUUCAAACCGCAAGCCGCUGCUACUCGGCCGGCCAGCUGCUGCCGCGGGCUUCACGACGUCGUCUCUGCCAGUGUCUGCGACCACAGCGGGCGCACAGGGCCACCAGGCGGCUGGCGAGGGGUUGGUGUUUGGCCCAGCCGUGACGCGCACUGUGCCAGGCCUCCAACAUUCUACCAGCUCGCCUUCCAAUGCCAAUAGCACUGCGAACGCUGCCAAUGCUGGCUUGAGUGCAUUGCAGCUCGGUCCGCAGCAGCAGCAGCAGCUGUUGUUGCGCGCAAGCACCAAUCCAAACAGCGAGACGGGCAGCGUGGCGAGCAGCGCGAACAGCAGCACGCUGGACUUGCUCCUCAAGACCACACCGAGCCAGUGGAGCACGAACAAUCUGCUCAUCGUUGCAGACGGCAGCAGCGCAGGAUCAAGCACGAGCAACCUUCACAGCGUUGUUGUCGAGCCACCUGUUGCAAGCAAUGGAGCGUUGGCAGGCACCAGUCGCACCCAAGUGAACGAGAUUGCUUCUUCCAGCUCACCGCUGGCAACAGCAUCCAAAUCCGACAUGUCCCUGACCGUUGCUGCCGCGGUGGCAGCUGCGAUUGCUGAAGCGGACGACAUCACGUCGGACGAUGCCGACCACACCACGCCGUGGCUUGGACCUGGAUCCGUGGCCACCAUUCCUUCGGCGCCGUCUUCGUCUGGAUCCGGGGCGCAAAACACGAGCACCGCGUCGCUCGACUCGCCGCGUAGUCGCACAUCCUCGCUCUCGCCGUCCGCGCAACGUGCGAGCCUGUUUGGCCUUCGCCCAUCGUCGCCCGGAGCGGGCCCGGAAAAGCGCUCGACCAAAUGGGCAGAGUCGUUCGACGGACUGCUCACGGAUCCCAUCGGCCUACAAGAGCUCGUCUUCUUCCUCCAGGGCGAGUACAGCGAUGAGAACAUUCUCUUCUGGUCCAAGGUUCAAACAUACAAGCUGCUCGAGGGAGCCGAAGUUGCGGAACGGCGAAUGGAGCUCGGUCGUCAGAUUUACACCGAGUUUGUCUCGCUCAAGUCCGCCCACGUUAUCAAUAUCGCCAGUGCCGUGCGGGCUGGCAUCGAAGCGGCGCUUGAUGAUGCACCAGAGUCGCUUUUCGAGGCUGCCGAGCGCUCCGUGUACUCGCUCAUGAAGCACGAUUCCUACACGCGGUUUUUAAAGUCAGAGCAUUUCGCUGCCUACUGCCGUCGCGAAGAAGCACUCGUCCAGCGCCUGACGUCCAAGUCGGGGUCGAGACGCAGCAGCGAUGACAGCAACCGCUCGUCGCGAAAGGGAAGCUCCAAGACCAGCUCAAUGGUCGGGCUGGACCCAAUUCCGUCCGGCGUGGCCGUCCACCAACGGUUUAGCAUGGAUGUCGAGGGUAUGCGACGCAACAACAGCCUGCCGACCAAGCUGCGGCACAGCGUUAUUCAAGUGCACCCCGAGGAGGACUUGUCAGGGGAGACCGAUUCUGCUGGCGUUGCAGCGCCGUUGGCAGAGUCAUCCUCGCGCUCUCGUUUCUUGAAUGCAUUCCGGCGUCUUAAAAGUGGACAGGACAAGGCGGGACUUGCCAUGUCUGCUCCAGUGUCUUCCUCGCCGUUGCCCGAAGUGGUGCCAGAAAAUGGUCUGGCGAGCGUGAGCGCAAGUGCGAAUCCAGCCACCUCGAGUCGAUCCCAGCCGCCUUCUGUCACAGCCACAGCCACAGGUCACAAACCACUCGGUGCAACAAAGAGCGCCUCCGCACUCCCCUCUCGAGACCAUCGCAAACUGGCCAAGACGCAGAGUGCUGUUUUGGCCUCUCAUCUGCCGCCUGCCGCCCCGGUCCCUGGCCCAGCCCCUGCCCUUGCCCCUGCCCAUGCUCCAGCUUCGCACACAUUUUCGCGGCUUCGACGCUUGAUCAGCCGCUCUGCCAUAGGAAGCCAAUCCUCGCUACAGCACAGCGAGCUUCCCAAGGCGGUGGAAGAAUCGACGUUGGACACCGACGCGGCCGGCUUGGCCAAUCGGUUGGCCACGGGAUCAUCGCCUGACUCGCAGCAACCUUCACCAGUGCCUGCACGACGAAGUGCGUCGGCCCAUAGCGUCAGCGCCGCAACGCCGGGCGGAGACGAGGCGGUUCGCAGCCGAAGUGGCAGUCGCGGGAGCACUGCUAGCACGCAGCACCCACGCGAGCAUGCCGAAUUGACCACGCCAGCUGCUGCUGCUGCUGCUGCUGCUACUGCUGCUGCUGCUGACGGUGCUCUCGGUAUUCCUGGUGCUGAGAAACAUUCCCUCGGUCACAAAAUUGCGCGCAAACUUUCUUGGCGAAAACAUCACGAUACGAAAUCCCAAGACAGCAGCGGAGAGGUUGGUGCAGAACGCGGUAGCUUUUCCGGCACGACGACACCGGCGCUUGCAAAAGCAAACGAGUCGAUGGUGCACUCCCGCUCUGCAAGGUCGCUCGAUCAGUUGUCGUCGCUCUCGGGCUCGCGCUCGUCGCUGUCGUCCGAAUCCAAACCUUCGUUUGUUGGCCAGACGCUUGCAGCUGUCGGCCAUGCUCUCCGCAAGCCCCUGCAUUCUCGCAAAGAGCACGGCGGCGGGAGCAAAUCCACGCCCGAGUUUAAAUCCGACGGUGCACCGGUGCCCAGCGCUGGCCCUGCAGAGAUGCCAGAUUUCAGCGAGCUGACGGCUGCUUUGAUGACGGGUGCCAAGAACAACUCCUCUUCAACUGUAGCGGCUGAAGCCAAACCAGUCGAGUUCCGUGCGUCCAUCUCUGGCACGGGUGUCGGCUCCCGUCCUCGUGAGUUGGAAGCCAGCUCUAACUCUCACGCUAGCAAGGGCUCUGGCGCUGGCCCGAGCGCAAGCAGUCCAGGACUGUCCGAAUCGGCCUCAAGUCCGGCCACCGAUUCUGCCGACACUGAUUCCUCGUCUGUGCGGCAUUCCACAACCUCCAUUCUCCCUCGUACGCCCGAAACCACCACGUCGACCGAGGCGGAAGUGUUUGUCACGGCGGCUCCACAGCCAGAGUCGACUCUGGCCGUGCCGGCUCCGUCAAAACCCCUUCGCGUGACCCUGAAGCAAUCGGAAUUGUAGCUGCGCCAUUGUGUCUGUGUGUCGGACAGUAGCUUUGCAGGUGUGGAACUCGAGGUUUGUUUGUUCUAGCUGCUUUCUGCACCCUUUCUGCGAUUGCUCCCCCAAAGUUUUUGUUUGUAUUUGUGUUUGUAUUUCGCUGUGGUGAUUUUUGGUUUGAAUUUUUGUUACUCUCUCAGGUUUUUAACCCUCUACGCUUAUAUAAAGCUUUUCAUCAGUUUGCACGAUC